GAACUGCAACAAUCAGCCAGAAAGGGCAGAUAUUGCAGCAUUUUUCUGCUUCCAGUUGCGAAGGGGGGUGAAGUAAGAGACGGACGCCUGUUCACAUGGAGAAAGCAGCUGCGAAGAGCCACAAACCCGUACCUGGAAACAUGAUUCUCCUCAAACCCGCACAGGGAGUAUGAGCAGCUCCUCCCACCUUCAACAAAAGCAGCAAAAGAAGACUUGAGGAGGAGAAUGCUCAGCUUUAGGCUUGCCUACAUUUUCUCGUAUAACCUGUUCCAGUUCUGUGGACACACAUGGAUACUGGCUAAUAGCAUAGCCAGGUUUCUCACAUUUGGCCGAGAUGCCUUAGCAGACACAUUUUACUCUGUUGGCUUUGUGAUGAGUCUGUGCCAGCUGCUCUCCAUCCUGGAGCUUUUCCAUAUCGCAGACGGGAUUGAGAAAGCGAGACUCCUUCCUCGCUUCGUCCAAGUUUCGGAGAAGAACGUCUUGCUGAUCAUGGUCAUCAUGCUGGAGGAGAUCCAGAGUAAACCAGUUGUGUGUGUACAGUUCUUCCUGUGGAACAUUCUGGACCUCCUACGAUACCCACAUGAGCUGCUAUGUGUUAUGGACACACCCUCCAUCGCCAUGCUGUGGACUCGCUACACGCUCUGGAUCCCCUUAUACAUCCUGUCGGUGGCCACUGAAGGUGUUACCAUAUACCAGGCCCUGCCUUAUAUUGAGCCAACAGCACCAAACUCAUGCCCGUCCAAUUCAACAGUGUCAGCACACAUUCACCUGCCCUUCCUACUGAUGCUCUACCUGCCUGUUCUUGCUCUCGGGGCCUCCGUAACAGUCUGGCAAGUGCUGAAGGAGAGACAACACCACCUGGAGAAAUGGAGCAAGAAGAUGAAAAGGAAAUGACACAGACUGUUCGGGUGGUUCAAGUUUUUCAGGAACAGCUGGGACUUUCACAAUCAAAGUCUGUUACUUGUUCAAUUCAGUCAUUGACAUACGUGUCCAGAAAAUCUAUAUUCAGGAGAAGACCUCGACUCAACAGCCACAAAGUCAAAUGUAAUGGCGUUUAAUAUUUCCUAUAUUGAUGUCAUGCUCAUAUGUGACAAAGGCAGCGUCCCUCUUUAAGUCCACGGUGCUGCAGCGAGCCUCAGCUGUCUCCACACCCUUCUCCACACCCGCCAUGAUCGGCCUGUUGUGCUUCCUCUGGGCUACCAGCCAUACGCUCUGGUCCACACAGUUUUCUUCUUGAGCUCGGCGGAGGACUUCAGGGCCAGCAGGGCGGCUGAAAUGACGCACACACGAGGGCAAUCAGAAAAAUCACUCGGAACAUUUCCGUGUUCAUAAUCAAACCAGUUUUCAUGUUGUUUGCUGUUGUGAAUGUAUGAUGUCAGUUCAAUAGGAGAGACAGGCUGUGUGUCUCAGGUUGCACCUGUAUGGGCAUCUUACUAUGUUGCCAUAACAAUAGCAACAUCAGUGUUUCCUCCCCUGUGGAGUUUUAAGCAGAUGUUUACAUUCAGUGUCUCAUGAAAACCCAUUACAAUAUAAUGCCUUACAAACACAUUGAAUGCAUUUCCUUU